AUGGAGCAGGCCGGAAAAGCAAAAUACCUCACUCAGGCAUUGGACGAGAGCAUCACCGGACUUGUGAAUCUAGCCUCUCAUUGGCAGAUUUCUUAUCCCAACGACAAUGUCCGCUCGCCUUCGGUUGACAAAGCAUUUCCUUUUUUGGAUCUGCCGCUAGACAUCCGGGUCAUUAUCUACUCCUAUGUCUUAUCCUGGCCAACCCUAACUCGGAACUUCUCACGACUCGGGUCGUCCGAGGCUGUUUUACCCAAUGCUCGCAAGCAGUUAUCGACUGCAGAUCGAGAGAAGAUUCGCGACAAGCCAAGACUGAUCACACCAGUCAUAUUCCUCGUCAACCGCCAAAUUAAGAAUGAAGCCCUUGGAGAGCUUGCUAGAAUGCCAAUAAUCAUAGACAGCCCACCUCUCUGUGUAGCUCUCACCAACCGGCCUUUCGAAAUUACCGAAUUCAUCUCAGCUCCGCUGCUCAAGAGCUGUCGCCGAGUGCUGCUCACUAUCAAUACCGACCUGACGCCGGGCAAUGACCUUCUACUCUACCGCAGCGACCUCAAAUACUGGAAGCCCUGGGAGCAGUGUCUCUCGUCCCUAUUCCUAGACGUCUGGGCACCCGGUACCCACGAUCUACAAGUUCUGGAUGUCGAGAUUGGAGGGGUAUGGUCCGCUAAGCAAUUUCAGGAUCGAGAAAUCAACAAGAAAGAAGCCAGCAAAAAGAAACGAUCGCCACAUCUCCGGAGCAAGUGCUAUCGCCAGAGUGUUCUUCAGCAGAUUCGGUUCGGCCUCAGGUCGCUUGGUCCGGCUGUCAAGGUGACGGUUCAGGAUCCGGAUGGAUCGGACAUCAAGCAUCUGCUAACUAAGGCCCCUCGAACAUAA